AUGGCAGAGCAGGCAGCUCCACCGGACGCGGUAGCUCUGGCAAAUGCAUUGAUUGAGGCGGCUCAGAACGCCUCGCAGGCAUCAGUAGCAGUUCAGCAGCUUGUUGCCCAGCAACCCAGCUCUGCGGCUGCCUCUUCUGGUGCAGCUGCGAGUUCGCAGUCCGAGUAUGCAAAUGCUGGGAAAAUGGUUAGAAUGCCCGACCCUUUCACCGCUCAGGGAGCGGAACAGGAACAGACAGCAUGGGGAGAUUUCGAGCUCAAUCUGAAAGCUUGGCUAUUUGCGGCUGAUCCCAGGUUUGAGAAAGAUUUUGAGGAUAACGAGAAGCAUUUAGACACAGGGCUCGACAUGGAUGUUCAACCAGACGAUGUUCAAACAAGAUCGCAAGAGUUGCAUUCACUAUUUGUUGGUUUGCUUCGCAAUAGAUCGCGUAAGACGCUUAGAGCUGUAAACGGUCGGAACGGUUUCGAAGUCUAUCGACAGCUACAGAAGCUUUACAAACCAAGCGCCAAACCACGUUCCGUGGCUUUGCUUUCUGCUUUGAUGUCCUUGCCGAAUUUCAACACCGAAGAGAAGAGUUUGCGUGAUCAUGUUAGACAGAUUGCCGAUGAAUCCAGUGCCUCUUCAACCCAGUAUGCGUCCAACGCUCCUCCUCCGCCUCCUGUUUUGAUGGGUGGACAAAUUGCGCCCAGUGUUGCUGCAUCGAGUGUGUCGAGCGGCCCAACGUCACAGCAGCCCGUGAUCACUUAUUUGCAGCCUGCUUCUGGACAGGUGCGGCGAUUUGAGCUGGGAGCACAGCUGGCAUGCCUUGACCUUGAAGGCGUAUCCAUCAAGGAGGAGUUCAUCAUUGCUUCCGUGACUUCACCUCUGGUAUCCCUUGGUCGGAUGCUUCAACAGACUGAUGAUGAUUGCGUUGGUCAUUUGCGUGCAAUCCAGUUGGGUGAAACCUUGCAGCGUGUCAAGCCCAGCUGGACCAAGCUUGGAGCUGAGUGCUUUGGCAUUAAGACCUAUAGGCCUGAGUGCGUUGAUUCAACACUUGCACCCACAGACACUUUGAUGUGGUACCGCACUAUCUUGGUGAAGCGUGGUGGUUCGUGGCACUUGUACAAACACAACCAGUUCAUCACAGACGCGUACGUACAAGGUACUCUUGCUGAACCCAUUGAUGAUCCAUCCAGUGUUCAAGAAGUUUUGACACUUUGCCAUCCUGGCCCUUGCACUCCAGCUCAACUCGGUUUUUCAACUCUUGAGUCAAUGCUUGAUUUGCUUGACAGCAACAUCUCGAAUACUGCCAGUUCUUCUUCUUCCUCACAAGGUGUGUCAGGACCGGCAGGGCAGCCUCCAGUUUCGGUAGCAGUGGAUUCCAGCGCAUUGCCUGUAGCGGAUGAUGAGCCUGCGCCUGAUGAAGUGUAUGCCGUAGCAGAGGAAGUUGAGGUGAAUGGGGUCCGCUUGAACUCAGCCUCCCCUCACGCCUCUUUGAAGGCAGCUUGCGCGGUUUUAGGCAUUGCUGCAACUGGUAAUCGGCCUCAACUCUUCAAGACAAUUUUGCAGCGCCUCUCCAAGGACGGAUUGCUUGCUAGCCACGUGGUUGAGCAGCAGUUGUCAACUGAGAUGGAACGUGUUGCAUUGUCACCUCAUGUUCCCUCUACGCCCACAGAAGCUGAGAUGAGUGAGCAUUGCCUCACUCACAUUCCAUUCCGUGAUUGGUGUACUCUUUGCAUAGCAAACAAGAGUAGGCAAGACCAGCAUCAGCGUGAAGGUCAUUCCAGUUCAACGCAUUCCGUGGUUUCCUUUGAUUUCGGCUUUUCGGGAAGGGGUGUCAGUGACGAUGAUUCCAUCACUGUGCUGUUCAUGCAUGACAGAGCAACAAAGAUGAUGCAUGCGGUCAACAACGUUGAUAGUUGUGGUAGCGAUGGCCGUCCAUUGUUCGAACCUGCGGCUGGAACUACGGGUGCGAGCUUGUCGGGACCUUUUGACCCGUUCAGGCGAUGUGCAGUGCCGGUGAUUGACGCCAUUGCUGAUGGGAGCUUUGCACCUGACUCACAGCGUUCCAAGUUCUUUGCAACCCCACCCGGGGAGGAGGCCGUUGGCCCAGCUGACAAUGGAGAUGCCGUUGCAGGUUUUGGUGAUGCCGCCAUGGGCUCAGCUGGUGUUGGAACAGCUGUCAGUGAGCUCAUCGAGUUCUCUGGUGGUGGAGUGGAGCUGGCUGACACUGGAAGCGAAGUGCCGAGCCCUUCCCCGCUUGCCCUGGGUGAACAUGAUGGCGCGGUUGAUGGGCCACAGGGAGCUGAACUUGGUGGUGAAGAUUCUUCAUCCUCGGAGUCUGGGGGCGAUUUGUCCUCAUCGGAGUCCGUUGUGAUGGAAACCACUGCUAGGGUCAAGCGCUUCAGAGCAAAGAUCCCGGAGGGGCAGUGCUGGUUCGUGCACUCCAAGUCCCACCUUGUCCACCGCCAUGAUGGAGAUGAAGUGGACGGCAUGAAGUUUACGGUCUGUGGCAAACGCUUGUCUUCAAAUUACGUCCCAUGCACAGAGGCCACAGCCUGGAAUGUCUUAUGUAAGUCUUGCAAUCGCAAGUGA